AUGUCCAAAGUUCUCCUCAUUACUGGUGCUACAGGCAAGCAAGGCGGUGCCGUUGUCGAUGCUCUGCUCCAGUUACAGACCAACGCAUUUACAAUCCUGGCAGUCACACGAAAUGCUACAAGUGCCGGUGCCAAGAAAUUGGCCCAGAAGUCUCCUUCUAUCAAGAUAGUUCAGGGCGACUUGGACAACUGUCCAGCACUAUUUGAUGAGGCCCAGCGAGUCGAGUCGAGGCCCGUUUGGGGCGUCUACUCGGUCCAGAUCUCCAUGGGCAAGGGCGUCACGACUGAGUCCGAGGUAGCACAGGGCAAGGCCUUGAUCGAUGAGUCCAUGAAGAGGGGAGUCGAGUACUUUGUGUACAGCGGCGUCGAGCGGGGCGGAGACGAGCGCUCCUGGAACAACCCGACGCCCAUUCCGCAUUUUCAGACCAAGUACCAGAUUGAGAAUUACCUGCGGGACGUCACUGCCAAGAAUGGCAACGGCGGAGGCAUGUCCUGGACUGUUCUGCGCCCCGUUGCCUUUAUGGAUAACCUUGCGCCUGGCAUGCCCACCAAGGUCUUCAUGGCUGCCAUGAGCAACUGGCUCCAGGGCAAGUCGACGCAGUGGAUUGCCACCAGGGACAUUGGAGUCUUUGCUGCGAAAGCCUUUGAAAACCCGGAGAAGUGGAACAACCGUGCCAUUGGUCUCGCCGGUGAUGAGUUGACGAUGCAGCAGAUGAGCGGGGUCUUUGAGAGGGCCACCGGAAGCCCAUUGCCCAUGGCUUACUCGUUCCUGGGCAGCGUCCUGACUUACAUGGUCACGGAGCUCAAGUUGAUGAUUGGUUGGUUUGCUGACGAGGGCUACCAGGCGGACGUUCGGGCGAGACGGGCUGAUCACCCGCAAAUGCUGACCAUGGAGCAAUGGCUAAAGGAAGAGAGCUCUUUUACUACCAAGUAG